GAUCAGCCUGCGCUGCGCGCGCAAUGGAAAACUGUCAUUGGAAUUUUUUCAAGAUGUGGACGGUAUGCGUACCAGGAUGGGCAGCGGCUGUGGUGGCGGGUGCUCUGCUGCUGUACGGCAGUAUAGACGUAGCCUACUUCGCGAGGAUGAUGUACACUGUCGCCAAAGCGCGGUACUUCAAGAAGAAAGUCUGUAUUAUGGAUACUACGGAGGUCGAAGCAUGGUGUUUAGUAAACGACAUUGACACGCUUCUCUACCACAUGAACAAUGCUCGCUACCUUCGCGAGCUGGACUUUGCAAGAGCUGACUUCUACGAGAGGACGGGUCUGUACGCCAACAUCAAGGCGGCUGGCGGCGCCGUGGUGCAAGCUGCUUGCACCAUUAGAUACAGGAGGUUUUUAAAACCAUUCACAAAGUUUACAAUUACUUCUAAGGCAAUAUUCUGGGACGACAAGACAGUUUUCAUGGAACAUGAGUUCAUAGGCCCUGGUGGGUUUGUGCAUGCGAUAGCAGUGUGUCGGCAGCGCGUUAUCGACACUUCUGCUGCCGCUAUAGCAGAGCUGCUAUUGCAGCUGCAUUGCGGAGGAUCUUGUAAACAUCCUCCUGAGAAGAUGCCUCCUGAGUUGGAGCUAUGGGUGCAGUGUAACGAGCUCAGCUCGGCUCGUCUUCGAGCACCAACGGCUCCACUACCAGUCCUAGACACUACCCAUACCCUCGGCUGCGGAGAGAUGGUGCCAGCAGCGGUUGAGUGAAGCUACCCUUUUCACUAUCCAGCUCAGCAUACACACACUAAGUGUGAGUGAGACGGCAAUAGGGUAUGCUCGCUCGAUAGUGAAAUUUUUGUCAGAUGACGCGCGGACGUCGCGCUUUACGGACGUGUACUAUAUUGAAUUUAAUGUUAAAAGCUCAGCUUUUGACGUUAAUUUCUUUAAUAAGUUGGUUUAUGGGACGGAUUAUAAAACAUGAAGCUGUGUCCGCAGGAUAAGCAGAGGUGCUUCUGUGUAUUAACAUAAAAUGUAUCCAUAUUUAUAAGUGUUUCAAUGGUAUAAAAAUUUACGGAAGCUUUUGAUUGUUUUUGAUGUUCUGAAUAAUUUAAUCACUGAUAGAUUGGCGUUGUUUUAUUAUAUAUUCGUGUGUGUUUGUUUUUAAAUGUAUCACAUUUACACGUAUUUGAACGUCGAAAAAUGUAUUGGAUAAAAAAUAUGUAUUCUAUUGAAUGUGCUUGUUAGUUGCGAAUUUAUUUAUUUGAAUGUGUUUAAUGGAUAUCAUGUUAUAAAUUUAAUAUCGUCAAAUUAUGUGAUCCUCUAGCUAAGCUAGGUUAAUAUAAUUAUUAUUAAUAAAGAUGUAAGGUUUAGUUCACAUUGAGUCGAGGUUUAUUAAAAUUUGAUAUCAUUCAGGGCUUUCUACCUUGUUCGAUCUUUUUUUUAAAUCUUAUCCUACGCAAAGAAAGAUUUUAUUUGUUUGUUCUGACAUGAAAGUAAGGGAAAAAGAUAAAAACACUUUCUAAAUUGUAAUAAAGGGAUAUUUAUUAUAAGUGUGGGAGCCAAGCUUCCGCACGAAUGGGUCGGCUCGACCGGAGUGAUACCACAGCCUCACAGAAUACCCGCGUGAAACAACUACAGCGUUGUGUUUCGCUGAGUGAGUGAGGUUACAGGAGGCCCAAUCCCGCCCCUUCCCCUUUCCCUUCCCGAUCCUUAUAUCCACAACGCCUAUCUCCAAAAGGUCGGCAACGCACUCGUAACUUCUUUGGUGUUGCGGGUUGUCCAUGGGUGGCGCCGAUUGCUUACCAUCAGGUAAUCCGUCUGCUCGUUUACCGAAUUAUACCAUAAAAAAAAAUCGUUUUGUAGUUUUGAAAGUUCAUCAC